AUGUCGUGGAUUCUAGACACUAAAUUAAAUCCGUUACAAAAGCUAUGUAUCAAUGUUAUUAAAACGGGAUACAUCCCUCGUCAUAUAGCUAUUAUUAUGGACGGUAAUCGUAGAUACGCCAAUAAAAACAAAGUUUUGAAGGUAGAGGGACACAGUAGAGGAUUUGAUAAGUUGACUGAAGUUCUAAGGUGGUGCUUAGAUAUAGGAAUAAUCGAAGUUACUGUCUAUGCCUUUAGCAUUGAAAAUUUUAAAAGAAGUGAAGAUGAAGUAAAUCAAAUAAUGAAUUUAGCUAGGCGAAAAUUUGAAAAACUUCUAGAAGAAAAAGAUAAAUUAAUUAAAGAAGGAGUCAACAUAAGAGUUAUUGGUGAUUUAUCAUUGUUGCCUCAUGAUCUUUUUCAAUUGAUUUCAAAAGCAGUUUAUUUAACCAAAGACAACACAAAAGUUCGUUUGACUGUAGCUUUUUCAUAUACAGGUCAAAAUGAAAUAUGUGAAUCUAUUAGAUGCAUUUCAAAAGGUGUCAAGGAGGAAAGACUGAAAUUAAGUGAUAUUAGUAUGGAUUUAUUGGGAAAAAGCUUAUAUUCUGAAAACAGUGAUGUUCCAGAUUUAGUUAUUCGAACCUCUGGCGAAGUAAGAAUUAGUGAUUUUAUGCUAUGGCAAAGUAGUUACAGUUGUUACUAUUUCACAUCGAUUUUAUGGCCUGAAUUUACAUUUUGGGAACUCUUAAAAGCAAUUUUCUUUUACCAAAGAAGUUAUAAAAUACUAAACAAACUUAAAAUUAAAGACUGUGAUACAAUCAAUAAUGAAAGAACUAUUAAAUUUUUAUCAGAUUUAUAUUCGGAAAGAUUAGAUAAAAUGAAAAAAGUUAUAAGUUAA